GCGAAAUAGUUUAGAUCGGGACAUUCUUUCGACCACUUUCCAUAUGAAGCCUUAUUUUAAAAAGUCGUUACAUGAGUAACUGUAUUAAGCGUAAUUAUGUAGGGUUUUUAGGGCACAAUGUCUGCAUUUGUAUUCCUAAGUACUUGUUGUUGCUUAAGCAGGAAAUUCCCAAAGUUCCUUGUUUCCAUUGCACGUCACCACAGGUUCCUGCGUAUUAAUUCUCCGACAUCUAUAUCAAACUGAUACGAAAUUCUAUCGGUAGAUUUGCUUUGACCUAUACAAUAUUUAUUAAAAGAAAUAGAGGAAGCCAUUGAAGGCACUCGAAAUUCGUUUUGACGACGAAAAACUUUUUGUUUUUUGUUAUUUAUUAUUUUAUGACGAUAAAUCCUGUUGUGGAUCUCAUGAAAAUACAAAAUAUGGGCAUAAACAUUUCAGCUGCGAUUACAAUGCUCUUAGUUGAGUAAAAAUAUUCAAACAGAACACUACAGAACAUUGAGAAAUUUUUAAUUAAAAUUAAAAUGAAAAUUGAAUGGGCUCCCAUCAAGAUGCCACCCCGGCGUCGUUUACAAACAUUAGCUACCGGUUUAUACGUUUAUAUUGUUUUAUUUUUACCGUUUAUGUCAGUGUUUUUAACAAUAUUUUUCUUGCUUUAUUUGUCUUUUAUGGGGCGAGCGAUUUUAUUAUUAUAUUUAUCAUUCAUUUACUAUGAUCAUAAGAAACAUUUCUCCAAUAUUUAUGGCAAUGGUUGGCUGCCGCUACGUAAUAACUUCCUUACAAAACAUAUGCGAGAUUACUUUCCCAUUGAACUUGUUAAGACAGCGGAAUUAAAACCAAAUCGUAACUAUAUAUUAGCAUGUUUCCCACAUGGUGUCAUUGGAACUGGCGUUACCAAUAAUAUGGGUAACAAUAUCGGUAAAUGGUUACAACUUUAUCCCGGUGUAAGACCAAAAAUUGCUACUUUAGAUAUGCACUUUUAUAUACCAUUCUUGCGUGAAAUUUUACGCUUUUGGGGUCUGAUAUCGUGUUCGAAAGAAUCUUUAAUCUAUUAUCUGACUAAAUCAAAUGAUCCCGAGCAUUCGCACAAUAAAGACGGUUUCACUUCAAAUGCUGUGGCACUUUUGGUCGGUGGUGCUCAAGAAUCGCUAGAUUCGCACCCGCGUAAUUAUGUAUUGACCAUAAAAAGUCGUCAGGGGUUUAUUAAAGUAGCCAUUAGAACAGGGUCAGCUAUAGUUCCUUCAUUUUCGUUUGGAGAAGUGGACAUAUAUGACCAAGUCAAUAAUUCUUCAGAUUCCUGUUUAAGACGUUUUCAAUUAUUUGUUAAAGAAUUAACAGGCGUAUCGCCACUCAUUGUAAUCGGACGCGGUUUCUUUCAAUAUAAUUUCGGUUUUAUUCCACAGCGUCAUCAAAUUGUGCAAGUGGUUGGUUCUCCUAUUGAGGUCAAACAAACAUAUAAUCCCGACCCUCAAUAUGUGAACGAAAUACAUCAAAAAGUUAUUGAAGCUUUGGAGGAAAUGUUUGAGAAAUACAAACACAAAUAUAUACAAAAUGCUAACACAGUACAUUUAGUUAUUAAUUAAUUUUAGUUCUUAUUUUAAAUAAUUAGUUUUGUAAAUAUCUAAUAACUGCUUCCUAUGUAUGUUUCUUCUGUUCAAGCAUUCGCCCCUCAGUGUUAUCGUUUGUUCGAUUGUUAAUAUGUCUAUUUGUUCAUGUAUCCGUCUUAUCGGUUUGGCUGGUCUGACAUAUCGCUGACUCCUCUGCUUAUUCAGCCAUUCCUUUGUAGUUGUUUGUUGUUUGUAUCCCUGAAUUUUGCAGGAGUUCGUCGCAAUAGCCAACGUAGAAAGGUGUACGCAAGCCAAUAAAUAUUGAAUUGAACAUUGUAGUCGCGCUUAUGUAUUAUUCACACUUGCUUCAUUCCGUCCCUUAUGGGAUCAUUACGCAUAAGCUACAGAUGGUGGGUACUUAAGAUUGCUUGAAACACGAAUGUAGUUUUCUUAGUUCUCUCGCAGUUUACUUAAUUUAGAACUUACUUGUCGGUAUAUUGUAUAUUUUGUGAAAGUAUUUUGAAAUGUAUUAUAUAUCAUUGGCUCAUUAUAUUAUAGUGUAUGUAAGAUUGUAUUAGUUCCUAUUCAUAAGGUGCAUUAAAUCUGUUGCAUUUAAAGUGUAAAUAAAGAUAAAUUUUAUUUAAUCACUUUGA